UCCUCAUUUUAGAAAGAAAAACUCCUUUUCUCGUCAUCUUCGUUCUUUCCCUGCUCUUUCUUCUCUGAAAUUAACUUGGCAUCAGAGCUUCCUCCAUUCAAUCCAAAUGGCUACCACCAGAAAUAUACCUGAGUAUGAUCGGAAAAGUGAAUUAAAAGCUUUUGAUGAUUCAAAAAGUGGAGUGAAGGGGCUUCUUGAUGGUGGGAUGACCAAGAUCCCUCUUAUGUUCAUCCACCCACGCUAUAAUCCUGAUGCGAAAUCAGAGUCAGCUGUCUCCCAGUUCAGGGUUCCCUUGAUAGACGUUGAUGGCGUUAAUGACAAUGCAACUCUGCGGGCUAAAAUCAUAGACCAAGUUCGAGAAGCUUGUGAAAACUGGGGAUUCUUUCAGGUAGUGAACCAUGGCAUUCCCGCAAGCGUUUUGGAGGAGAUGAUAGAUGGGAUUCGCGGAUUUCAUGAGCAAGACACUCAAAUGAAAAAGGAGUUCUACAGACGCGACUUCAAGGACAAGGUGUCAUUUCUUUCCAAUUUUGAUUUAUUUGAGGCAACAGCAGCUACUUGGAAGGACAGUUUAUCUUGGCCUAUGGUUCCGAAUCCUCCUGACCCCACGGAAUUUCCAGCAGUAUGCAGAGACAUAGUGACGGAAUACUCAAAGCAAGUAAAGAGAUUAGGGCAUACUCUAUUUGAAUUACUGUCAGAGGGACUGGGACUCCAUGUAAACCAUUUGAAAGACACGGGAUGUGCUGAGGUGAUUUUUCAUGUGGGUCAUUACUACCCACCGUGCCCUGAGCCAGAAUUGACUCUAGGCGCCAGCAGACAUGCUGAUAGCGGGUUCCUCACGGUACUUCUACAAGACCAAGUGGGUGGUCUCCAAGUUCUUCAUCAGAAUCAGUGGAUCGAUUUGGUCCCCAUGCCUGGAGCACUAGUAAUCAACGUUGGAGUUUCUCUACAGGUUAUAACAAAUGACAGGUUUAAAAGCAUAGAGCAUAGAGUGUUGGCAAACCGUGUAAGCUCAAGAGUGUCAAUGGCAAGUGCUUUUGGCACAACUCUUUUCCCAUCCUCAAAACUUUAUUCACCGAUUAAGGAGUUGCUAACCCAAGAGAAUCCUCCGAAGUAUAAGGAAGCCACCUUGCAAGCCCAUGUUGCCUACUUGAGAGGCAAAAGGGUUUGAUGCAAUGCACCUCUGCCCCUACUGCAUUGCAAGCUCUAAAUUUGGCCAUGGAGAUGAAGAAGGUUUAUCAUAUCUUUGAAUGGUUUUUGUUCUUGUCUCUUGGUGUUAACGAAUGAGAUCUUUAAUUAGCAGCUUAUGUAGAAUUGGGUAUUGAACCAUAUAUUUUGGAAUAGACAACCUUGAUGGAAUGAAUAUGAUAUGUAAGCUGAUGUUUUGUUAUACCUUGAGAAAAUAUGUAACUACAAAACAAAAAUGUCCAGCAAUCCCCUUUAACUUCAGAAAGAUCAUGUGAGCUGCAGUAAGGUGAGACAAAAGACUACUGCAAAAGACCAUCUCCAGCACUGCUACUUCAACAGGGAUUUGUACAUAUUCAUUUCUUCACUGACUGACAAAGUGCCAGAACAUCUGGACUCCAGAAUUUCCAGCUCUUUGAUGCAUGUUGAAUUUGGAGAGUUUCUUGCGUACCGGGAUAAGAAAUGGAGUAUAAUAUGAAGAUGAAGCUUCAUAUAUUUUUCCAAAAUAUAUGGUUCAAUACCCAAUUCUACAUAAGCUGCUAAUUAAAGAUCUCAUUCGUUAACACCAUGAGACAAGAACAAAAACCAUUCAAAGAUAUG